UUAACGAUUAACGAUAAGGACUGUCGUCGAAAAUUCUUUAGAUUGAAACUAGAGGAGGGGCAAAAUGUCAACUAAAGGAAGACCAGCGAUAAGUGCCAUCUUCCCAUCUUGUGAAGAUGAAACGAAGGCUCUGGAGCCGAUUGUUUUUCACGUGCCUACUGUAUAUAACAACAAAGUAAAAAUGCAUGGAUGGCAAAUGAGCACCCUGGCCGAGCCUAGAGACAAUACAGACAUAUUUCCACCAAACGGAAGUCUUCAUCUGUCUUCGUAUCAAAGGCUGGGUUCGGAAGAUGGAUGCACAGGAGUCACAGAAACGCAAGCCAUGCUGUCCCAGAUAGAACUGAAGCAUCAAUACGAGCCAAUUUAUCCUAAACGAAUCUUGUCCAAUAUGAAGUCCCUUGCGUCCGAAGCGAUCGAGGAGAAAACACCCCCAACCCUAAUGGACGCGUUGUACGACCCCGAAGAAGCCCGUUGUAUGGAUUAUAGGACGACGAUGGAAGUUACUUACAGAUUACCUUACCCUUUGAAACGAAGAGCUCCACCUCCGCCACCACCGCCAGAACCCUGGCUUUUAAAUCGACGAACCAUCGGCUACAGUCUCGAAGAGUUGGAAAAACGGGAUGGUGUGCACACCUUCUUGGAUGAUAACAUGGAACUUCAUCAGAGAAUAGCAGAUCUGAAAUCGAGAAGAAAUAAACUGCAUGAGCUUACGCUUCCAAGCAGACCACCUUCGAAUGUUAAUGGUUCUUCUGCUUCGGAACAAAAAUUAACUGAUAUUUGUCCAUGUUAA